UCUCUCUCUCUCCCUCUCGGUAUAUCAUCACCAUCUUUAUCUCAUUCAAAGUCCAUUCUUGCUCCAACUGAUACCUACUGUGUGGUGAAGUACUGAAAUUUCUUGGGCUAGAACGGAAGGACUCAAUGGACCCGUGUCCUUUCGUGAGGAUUGUAGUAGGAAACUUAGCGGUGAAGUUUCCAGUGGCAACGAAACCGGCCUUGUCGGGUGUUCAUCCUUCUUGUUCUCCAUGUUACUGCAAGAUUAAGCUUAAGAACUUAGCAACCCAGUUCUCAACAAUCCCUUUAAUCUCUCAAGAAACCCAUCAAAUCGAUGACCAAAUUCAUGCUUGUUUCAACAUGAACAAAUUUGAAUUCGCCAAACUCGUGGAGAAAUCUUCGUCUAGGGAAAAACCCACUUGUUUAAAGAUAGAGAUCUAUACUGGAAGGAGAGGGAAUACAUGUGGGUUGAACUGUGGGAAGCUUCUGGGAUGUGUUUCGGUACCGUUGGAUAAUCUGAAGGGUGUGGAAAAUAGAGGUUGUGUGAUUCAGAAUGGAUGGGUAAAAGUUGGUGGGACUGUGAAAGAGUCGUCGUCGGCGGCGGCGGAAUUGCAUCUGAAUGUAAGGGCUGAGCCUGACCCGAGAUUUGUGUUUCAGUUCGAUGGAGAGCCGGAGUGUAGUCCACAGGUGUUUCAAGUUAAUGGGAAUGUGAGACAGCCGGUUUUUACUUGCAAGUUCGGUUUUAGAAACUCCGGCGAGAGGGAUUUCAGAUCCAGAUCAUCACUAUCUGAACCAAGCACUUCAAAAAGCUGGCUAAGUUCCUUCACAUCAGAUAAGGAACAACCUGUAAACGAGAGAAAGGGAUGGUCACUAACCGUUCACGACCUCUCCGGCUCACCAGUGGCUGUCGCAUCAAUGGUCACACCCUUUGUCCCAUCACCAGGCACCGACAGAGUCAGAAAAUCAAACCCAGGUGCAUGGCUCAUCCUCCGCCCAUCUCAAGGUACUUGGAAGCCUUGGGGCCGCCUGGAAGCCUGGCGUGAACACAGUGGCGGUCACCACCUCGGUUACCGGUUUGAACUCCUCCCCGAGGGUGGCAUCGACACCAUAAAUCUUGCCAAUUCCACUAUCAGCACCAAAAAUGGUGGGAAAUUCACUAUAGACAUCACCACUGGCGCUUCCCCAAUGACUAGUCCUAGCACCAGUUAUGAUUUUGAGUCGGGGUCUGGAUCUGGUUCAGAAUCUGGAUCUGGGUCAUGGGCACAGCUAUUGUACAGAGGGUUUGUGAUGUCAUCAACGGUGGAGGGUGCUGGGAGGUGUAGCAAGCCGGAGGUGGAGGUUGGGGUGCAGCACGUGACGUGCACAGAGGAUGCAGCAGCAUUCGUGGCAUUGGCAGCUGCGAUGGAUCUUAGUAUGGAUGCUUGCAGAUUAUUCUCGCAUAAGCUCCGGAAGGAGUUGAGGCAGCCGGGUCAGGAAUAAUAUUUUUGGUCUGGUUCUCUUCUCUUGUUUUGUUUCGUUUCAUUACAUUUAGGUGUUUUGAUUGUUGGAUUUGUUGAUUAAGUAACAGAACUUUUUAGCUGUUAUUUUCUAGAGAGUGUAUAGGUAUAGUGAGUGACAAUGUAUUUUCGUGUUUUUCU